AUGCCAAAGAACUUAAAGGUUGUCGUUGUUGGUGAUGGUGCUGUCGGUAAAACCUGCCUUCUCUGGAGCUAUGCCAAGAAAGAAAUUCCACCAGAGUACGUCCCAACAGUUUUCGACAACUAUGUCGUUCAUCUCGAAGUAAAUGGUGAAGAAGUUCAUCUUCAAUUAUGGGAUACAGCAGGUCAAGAAGAACUUGAAAACAUCCGUAUCCUUUCAUAUACCAACACCGACGUUUUCCUUGUUUGCUUCUCAGUUUGCGAUCCAAACUCUUACGAGAACGUACAGAAUAUCUGGCUCAAGGAGCUUAAGAAGCAUGUUCAGAACCCAGUUUAUCUUCUCGUCGGCACCAAGUCUGAUCUUCGUAAUGAUGACGCCACACUCCAGUCCCUUGCACAGACAGGCAAGAGUCCAGUUACACACCAGGCCGGUGAGAAGCUCGCUAAUGAAAUCAAAGCUAUCGGGUACGUAGAGUGCUCUGCUAUUAAGCAAGAGGGUGUUAAAGAAGUCUUCGAUGCUGCUAUGAAGCAUGCUCUCAAACCAAAGAAGAAAGGCUGCGUUCUUAUCUAA